UAUUUCUACUAAUUAAAUGAUGAGCUAAAAAGCAAGAGCGGGAAAUUGCUGGGAAUGGCCCAUGGAGAACACCAUUGAAACUGGCCGGCCGUUAACUUAUGAUGUCAUCUCUACUCAAUUACUCAUGUCACAUGCUAUUCAUAUCAAUGCUACUCCCUAAGCUGUGCCUGUGUCUGACAAGAGAUGAUGCAGUUAAUAUUGCUUCUACAGCUAGAACUACUGCUUUUUGCUUUUAGUUCAGCUACAGUACACAACCUUGCUUGUGGUGACAUUGAUGGGUUUUAUUGUCCUAACACCACAAUAAAUUUCACCUGCUCAAUAUCCAGUGCAUCGCUCCAAUGGGAGAGUACAGCAUUUUCAGGUGAUAUUGAAUUCUUUGGCUCCCCAAUUGGUACUGUACGUAGCAAUGGUCUUUUUACUGCAAGAUUGAGUGAUAAGACUGGAAAUGCAAAGGCAGUGAGCGUGCUUUCGUUUCCUGCAAGUGUUCCACAGGUUAAUGGAUCUGUUGUUAUUUGUCGUGACCUACAAGACGGGUUUUGUGCUAGCUGUAAAAUCAAUAUAAUUUAUCCAAGUAUAUCCUUAACACAUUUGAACAUCAGUGCUGUCCAAGUUUCAGUAGAUAGCGUGAAUGUAAAGUGGCAACCCCACCACUCAUCUUACAGCUAUACUGUUACUAUUGUACCAUGUAAUGCAACCAACGCCUACUGCCAAAGGAAUAGUUCCCCCACAAUUUUUACAGGGCUAAUCCCCAAAAUCAAUUACACAUUUACGUUGAGAGCAUCCAGCUGUAUGGGUAGCAAGGAGAAAGCCAUUAACUUCAGUCUAAUCCAUUACAGACCAUUUAAACCCACAGAUGUUACAAUGUGCACUAUUUACUCCAAUGACAGCUACUACGUCAGCUUGCAAUGGACAUAUCCAGCAGCACAAGGUCCUUAUCACACUUUGCCACUGUAUUUCCUUGUGGAAACAAUUGAUGAUUUGAGAGAUGUUUUGUAUCAAAGCCAAGCCUCACCAGAGGAAGAUCACAUGUAUAUUUCAUCACUUGUUCCAGUACCUUUCAAUACGACUAUUCAUGUUAAUCUGCGGAGUGUUAACAUGGUUGGAAUGAGUGAGAACACAACUAUUUUUACAAAUGCUUCAAACAGAAUAUUUGUUGAGUUUCUUCACAUCGGUACUACAACUGCAUUUUUAAAAGUAAUAAUUAAAUGGCCGGAUUCAUGUAGCUCCAUAGUGACAGUUAUGCUGUCAUAUAAACAAAUGACUAAUGUCUCUAAUGCAAACACAGAAGCUUUUCACUAUCAUUUACUAACAGAUCAAUAUGGAAAGAUAGUGUUUAUAUCUGACCUACAGCCAGACACUUGUUACUAUUACAGUAUCAGUGUUUUUAAUGAUACUAAUCAAAUUGCUGAGCCAGUGGAAGGUGAAUUCAGGACACAGGCAAUCGAGGAUUACAGUGAAAUCGUUCAAACAACUUCCCAUAGGGAGAAACAAACCUCAACUCUCUUGACAAAUUCAUUUUUCUUGCCUCUUAUCUCUACCGAGGAUGCUACCAGUUAUAAGAGUUAUAUAAUGUCAUCUACAGCUAUUGUUGUUCUUAAUACUAGUAUGAGUAACAAUGAAGCAACAGAAACCAUCAAACCAUCAACCACAACAAAUCAUAAUGCGACUACUUGGGCUUUAUUAGGAAUAAGUCUAACAUCUUUGAUUUUUCCUUUAUUAGUUUUGAUUAUUAUUAGUGCCGUGAGUUGUGUGUGCUGUUUCAAGUUGAGAAGAGCCACAAGAUACAGAGUGGAAUGUCGCGAAGCACAGCGACGCUAUGAACUAUCUUCUACAAUAAGCAUACUAAACAUGGAAGAGAACAAUGCUUACGGGCAAAUAGAACUUGCCCAAAGAUGCCACAGUUAUUGUAACCAAAAUUAA